AUGUACUCCCCCACUGUCCUCAUUACCAUCGUUGCGGCCCUCUCUGGUGCCAAUGCCAUUCCCCUGAGCUGCGACACCACCCCCAUCACCCCCCUCGACCCCUCCUGCACCAUCCAUGAGAUCCCAGGCACAGCGAUCUGCGGCGCCAAGGGUAACAAGGGCAACAAGCUCUGGUCCAACGUCGACGCCUGUAUCAAGGCCUGCGUCGCAGAUCACCCCAAGUGCAAGUCCAUCAGCUGGGACCCCAAGCAGAAGAUCUGCGGCAUGUACACCCACACCGUCGAGUCCUUCAAGCUCGAGGGCAUCUCGGAUAUCACCUACUACGACACGGCCUGCGGCUUUGCCGACUCUGUCGACGCCGUGUGUGGACGCACUGGUGUUGUCGGCGCUGAUGAUCUGCAGCCCUACGGCAACAAGGUCGUUGAGGACGAUGACACUUGUCUUGCUUCCUGCAAGAGUGACAGCAGCUGCAAGGCUGUUCGUUUCAACACCAACGGAAAGCGGUGCUACAAGUAUGCCCAACCCGUCAACGCCAUUGGCGUCACGUUCAAGUCGGAUGUCCGCAACGUCUUUUACGACAUUCGCUGCGUUGAGUGUCCCACCGUUAUUGUGCAGUAA